AUGUCGAUAACAGCACUGUCACUCCAAGUCCGCAUAAUAUUGGAAGAGGCUCCAGACGAUGCACGACUGGAACAGGUUCUUCAGGCUGUAGAUGACUUUGUUCGUGAAUGUGCUGCAUCUAAAGAACCAGACGUUUUACUCUUCCAAUUGGAAGAGGAACUCCAAUCAUUCCACAGCGAUACAAUCACCCACAAUUUCCUCCAGUAUACUGAAGUGUUAUUGGCCAUCCUAUUCCGUUUACGCCCCUUGUUAACAUCAAUUUCGCUCAUCUCUACAUGGUUCGACCUGGUCCUUCGUCCCGCCUUGCGAGAACCACGGCUCUCCACUCCGGCUGCCAAUCACGCCAAGGAACUAAUUAUAUCAGCAGCAGUCAAAACAGACGAAAAGUAUCCCGAGAAGGUGGCCAACUUUCGACGUCGCCUCCUUGACCUUUAUGUCUUGGAUGCAUACAAUGAAGGAUCUGGCGAUGACUUGCUGGAGUGGGCCGAACUCGACCAGGAACAGAGGGAGAAAAGAUCGCUGUGGAAGUUCAAUCUAGAAGAUGUCCUCGUGAAGUCUGGGUUGCGGCAGCCUCAGGAUUUCAUGUCCGCAAUAAACCACUCCUUUGCAACACCCUCGUCGCGUCUGCAACUAUUGAUCCUGCUCAAUCGAUACACUUCAGAGCCGUCGUUCCAGUCCCUCGCAGCAGCACUCGCCGACCAUCUUUUGUUGGAUAGUCUCCUCAAUUCACUACUGCUGGACAAUUCUUCGACGGUGUGCACCAUUGGAUUGACUGUCAUAGUCAAGCUUCUCCCUAUCUUUGCUGUAAAAGCAUCUGAGAAGCUGAAGAUGAUGCUCCCUCGUCUUCUUGCAAUUCUUGCAAGAAUUAUAUGCUGGAAGGAAAGAUCCGUUCCCAAACCAGUAUUUGAGGAGGGGGCUGAGGAUACAGACGAAAGUUCUGCGAAUGGCGAUGCGCAAGGAUUAGCGUAUAACGAAUUCACUGCAUCCUGUAACCUGCCCUUACGACCUGAGCUUGGCUGGGACAGGCUGGAGCUCAUGUUUAAUGCCGCAUCUUCCACCCCACCACCUGGGAUUUAUUUUUCCUGCCUCUACUAUCUUUUCCCAUGUAACUUGCUCCGCUUCCUACGUGGCCCCUCAGCGUACCUUAACGAUAGACAAUAUGAAUCUCCCUUCUCUAUUAGUUGGGAAGAUGCUCUCGAUGAGGACAACAUAAGGAGCAAAUCAGAGUCUCUUUUGCGAGGAAGAAUCGUCAAUGCAAGAGUCAUAUGGGGAGAUUGGAGAAAAGAGUUGACAGAACCUGAUACGUGGGCGAAUUACAGUGUCUCUCGCAUCGCGAGCGAGUGCACGAUGCUUGACGUGCGAAACACAGCUCUAGGUAGCAAGCAGUUCUGUGCUGAUAUUGCAUCGACUGCUGCUGAGCCAUCGCUCCUCGAGUCAACUACCAUAUUUGACGGAGAUACUUCAACGGCACCAACGCCCCACCCUGGCUAUGUAGAACUGCCAACUGUAAAACCCCGCGUCUCACUGGAGAGCAUGAUCACGGCAUCCGUUGCACUCAAAUCCAAUCUGGAUGUGGAGAUCGAGGCCCCAACAGCCGCCUGGUCAUCCCUGUUGUUCCCUACAGGGAGCAAUUCUCCGACAAAGCGCGCUUCCGAUAUACCGUCAGAGCCAAAUACUUACAAUGAACAACUUCCAUCUCAUGUUGCACAGGCAAUUUCUGGUCUCCAGCGUGAAGUCCUACUUCUGCGAAAUGAACUUAACUUUGAGCUUUGGCUUUCGCGGGAAAACGUGAAACACAUUGGACGCCUUUACCAAGAUAAGAUUUUGUCCAAAAAUGCAGAAGUUGAGCAACAGGGGCUGUUCAACAAGCUACGACACUACAGAGCCGAGGUCCAGCGGCUAGAUCGCCAGCUGAGGGAUCACAGGGAACAAUCAUCGUCUGCAAAAAACAAAUAUGCUGAUUGGAAUACCGAACUGCAGAACAAGCUGAAAGAGUUUCGGGAGGAGAAGAAGUUAUGGGUCUCUGAAGCUGCUUCGCUACGGACGGCGGAGAAAGAAGCUCAGGCUCUUUUUGCUGCUCAAGGACAAUUGCUCGCGGAUGCAGUAAAGCAGGUAUUUGAGCUUCAGACUCAGAGGAAGGAAACCCAACACAAGGUCGAUCGUCUGAGGGACUAUGAGCGACAGAUUGAUCAGCACGUUCGCAUGCAACGUCUCUGGGAUACAGACUUCCAGAGGUUCAAUGAUCGGGCUGAAGAGCUCCAACAGCUGACAACACAGUUUAAGCAAGUGGAGAUGCAUCUAGAGAGCUAUCAGAAGACAUUCGAACAAAUGAGCGAGGAUGCUCGGUAUGACCAUCGACGACAAAACCAGGCACUAGAGGCCCGUCUUUCUCUACUUCAAAAGAGGUGUGAUGCCUCCCGACGCCUUCCUGAAGCCGAGAUAGCAGCAUUUAUGGAAGAGAAGUCGGAGCUUGCUGCAACCAACGCCAGGUUGAGGGAGGAAAACGCUGAUCUAAAGGACGAGAUGGGGGAGAUGAGAGCAAGGAUGGAGCUUAUGAAGGCUCAGAUUGAUGGACAUAAAGGUCUGAUUGGCGAAACGCGAUCCAUGCCAGCACUAUGA